AUGAACGGGGCUUUCUACAACGGGGAAUAUGUCAGCGUUCUGCUGUCCUUUGGUGCUCUGGAAAAUGGGCAUGGGAAAGAGCGUGCUUAUGUCAUAUGUGGCUGCUCUAUUACACUCCGCACUCUGGAGGUUGCCGCGGAUACGCUCCAUCCAGACUUGCGGAAGCUGCUCGCUAUCGUCGGCCAAGAGUCAUCUACUCAGUACCUCGGCCAUCCCCACGAAUGGGUCACAACAAGCGGUCAGUCGGCUCGUCGGCUCACCUCAACGUACGAUCAUCAGCCCGGACGCUUAAAUUAUCAGUUCAUCGACGAAUAUGUUAUUGACCAGAUCGUAUUUGGUAUGGACGAUCCACGGCGGAUGCCACAGGCUGACCCGCAUUCCUGUCCGAUCUGCCAACAGCAACAGUUCAACGUUGUGCACUGGAACCGCUGUAAUUGCUUCCCGGCUUUAUUUGGGUGCCCUAAGAAUCCGUUGCCGCUCAGAUUUGCGACGUCAGUAAAGGAUAAAAAAAUGGUGUUGUGGCUCGUUGUGUUUGUCGCCUCCAACCCCACGUCACAUACCGUGUUCGCUAACAAUGUUACCAGAAAUUCGAGCGAGGCACGGCAGAUGGUGAAUUCGUCGGCUUCGUGA